AUGGUUGUCUAUUCCUUUUACAUAUUCGAUAGGCACACCGAAUGCAUCUAUUCCAAACUCUGGCACCGCAAUAAUGAGCGACCCAUCUCGACCACGACCGCAACGGUGCGACCCAUCUCCGGCUCCAGCAACUCCAGCGCCGUACCUCCCAUCAAUGCGCCAGAACUUGCUGCCCCGAAGAGUCGCCCAGGAAAGUUGAGUGCGCAAGAUGAUGCGAAAUUGAUAUUCGGAACUAUAUUCUCACUGCGCAACAUGGUGAGGAAGUUGGGAGGACCCGAUGAUAGCUUCAUAGCCUUUCGAACCGGACAGUACAAGUUACAUUAUUACGAGACACCGACGAAUAUAAAGUUCGUGAUGCUUACGGACACACAAACUCCAACUAUGAGGCAGGUGCUACAUCAGAUUUAUGUCAAUCUGUAUGUGGAAUUUGGAGUGAGCAAACGAGCCCGUAUGAAAUCACGAAUACAUCCAGUUUUAGGUAAACCAAAUCUCGGCAUGGGUGCUGUCCAAAUUAGUGUGAGAAUCUAA